AAACGAGGCUCAGCUCUCAGCAGAGGUCUGCUCAACCCAAAGCUCAAAAUGCCUGGGUUACUUUAGCUGCCACAGGUCCUGCUGUGAGCGUGCUGGGUUGGGAUAUAAACAUGUCCAGCAGACAACUUAGCCAAAAAGGAAGACUAUGGGGAUUCUGCAUCAUCUUGCUGUACACAACCCCCCUUCCCUGCCUGACAAAUUUCAGUCAAGCAAAAGAGCUCGUCUAUAAAAUAAAGGAAGGAUUACCAAAGGGGACUUUCAUCGGGGCUAUUGGAGUAGACUUACAUUUAGAUUUCACAGUUGAUCCCCCCUUUUUAUUCAGUCUUUCACAAAAGAAGGUCAGUGAACAAUAUGUGAACCUAAAAAACACCACAGGGGACCUUUUCACAUCUGCUACUGAGAUCGACAGGGAGACCCUCUGUCCUUACAGCUCUGUGGGGCAGGCAUGUGUCCUCUCACUGGAUGUGAUUGUGUUGCCUCAGCAGUACUUUCAGCUCGUCAAAGUUAAGAUCUCGAUUGAGGACGUGAACGACAACAGGCCCACGUUCCCAGUAGAUGAAAUCUGCAUGUCCAUCCCAGAAAACACACAAGUCAACACUCGUUACGCAGUGGAGCAGUCCGCCGUUGACCCAGACUUGGGUGUUUAUGGAGUUCAGACUUACUGGCUUGUUAAUGACUUUGGUGUAUUUACACUAGACGUUGAGGAGAACGAGGGAGGUGAGCUGACGCCAUUCCUCAUUGUGACAGAGAGUUUGGACAGAGAGAGACAGGAUGAAUAUAUUACAGAUAUUAUAGCAGAGGACGGAGGAACUCCUCCCCUUCUUGGAGCUGCUACUUUGAAAAUUGUUAUCACGGAUGUGAACGACAACUGCCCCAAAUUUACAGAGUCACAAAUUAAUGUCACUCUGCAUGGAAAUUCCACCAAAGGGACACACUUGGCACGACUUCACGCUUUUGACCCUGACCUUGGUGCUAAUGCUCUGAUCAGCUAUUCUUACAGUGACCGUGUGCCAAGGGAUACUCGCAGCUUGUUUCAUUUAGACAAACUCACAGGGGUGAUGAAGCUGGCCCGAAAUGUAGACAUGGUCACAGGCACAUUUUAUAAACUCACUGUUUUGGCCAUUGGACCCGGCUGUAUCCCUGCUGUUGCAACUGUAACUGUCCACAUCAUCAAAGUAGUUACAGGACCCCAUGCUAUCAUACCACGUUACAUUGCAUCAGAAAAGGACGGAGUGGUAUCUAUAAAGGAGUCUGAGCCAGCUUUCUCUCCAAUUGCUUUUUUCACCAUUAAAAACAUUGGCAAAAACCAAAGGGUGGACUGUUAUUUGGAAGGGGCUGGUCCCUUUCGGCUUGUCCCAUACCAAGAGGUCAAGAACGAAUACCUUCUGGAAACUACAGAGCCCUUGGACUACGAGAAGACGCAAAAAUAUGAGCUCAUUUUGGUUGCAAACAAUUCUCAAGGAAUAGUCAUCAAGACUUUUCUGAAAGUGCAGGUUUUGGAUGAAAACGACAACGCACCUGUGUUUCAAGAAUCUUUGGUGGAAAUAUCAAUUGAGGAAAAUAAUCCACCAAACACCUUUCUAGCCCGGCUCCAAGCCUCAGACAAUGAUGGCGGAAGUCAAGGGGAAGUGAUUUAUCUCCUUGGAGGCGAUGCCCCUGGGAUUUUUGUUGUGGAUCAUGUCACAGGUGUCCUGACUGUGACCACAUCACUUGACCGUGAGGAAAAAGAGAAAUACCGUUUUAUAGUUAGAGCAGUGGACCAGGGGACGCCACGAAGGGAGUCGAUUGCAACAGUGGUGUUGACAGUGGAAGAUCGCAAUGACAACAGUCCACGUUUCAUCAACAAGGACUUCACUUUCUUUGUGGCUGAGAACUUCCCAGGUUACGGUGAGAUUGGUAUGCUGUCUGUAACAGAUGCUGAUGCUGGAGAAAAUGGCUGGAUAGCCCUGUCCAUCCUCAAUGGUAGUGACAUCUUCAUGAUAGACACAGGUCGAGGAGCCCUAAGGGCCAGGACAUCACUGGACCGUGAGCAGCAAGGCACGUACCAUCUGUGGAUUGAGGCGGUCGAUGGUGGAGAACCAGCGCUCUCCACUGUUACUAUGGUCACUGUGUUGUUAUUGGAUGUAAAUGAUAAUCCACCAGUCGUCCUCUUCCCUCAGUCUAACCAGUCUUACAUGCUCGUUCUACCUGAUACAACACCUGGAACCUCAAUCACAGAAGUGUACGCUGUGGACAAAGAUACAGGCAUGAAUGCUGUGAUUGCGUACAGUAUCAUUAAAAGGAAAGGCGGUGAACAGGGUUCUUUUGCCAUUGACCCAGAAACAGGAAAUAUAACAUUAAGAAGGGAGCUCAGCAACAGGGGCCUUUACAGCCUUCUGGUAAAGGUCAGUGAUCAUGGCCAACCUGAGCCACUUUACUCAACAGUGAUGGUAAACUUCUUUGUCAAUGAAACCGUGAGUAACGAGAGCUACAUCCAAAGUCUGCUGACCAGAGAGGCAGACAUAGAGGUGGAGGAGAAGCCCUGGUACAUUGGUCAGAUGACAGAUGGGCCCGAGAGGUACGAGCUAUUCCCCUGUCGGCUCGUCCUCAUCGUUCUUUCAGUGACAUGUCUGGGGCUGUUCUUCCUGGUUAUUGUGCUGACAUCUUACAUAUGCUGCAAGAGGUAUAAGAAGAUCAGGAAGAAAAGAUCAGAAGUGGAAGUACCUUUAAAGAUAAAAAAUGACUCUGCUCAGUUUUUAAACAGGAAGUUCAGACAGAUCUCCAACAUCUGA